AUGAUCUUUUGCAAACAAUCAACAGAUCUUAUACGAAUUCUCAAAAACCAUUGCAAAUCGAUCAAGGAAAUCCACCAAAUCCAUGCCCAGAUCAUCACCAGAGGCCUUCUUUCUCUCCACCCUUCAUCCACCUCUCCUUUACUCACCACCAUCCUCCAUACCUUCAACUCCCUCCUCUCCGCCCCUCUACCGCCGCCACACCAUCGCCACCACCCCAUUUCAAUCCACUACCCCCUCUCUCUAUUCAACCUCAUCACCUAUCCUUCCACUUUUUCUUGGAACACCAUCAUUCGCUCCCACACUCUCCUCUCUUUCCCUGAAAACGCAAUCUUUUUCUUUGUCCAAAUGCGGCGGCGACGCCUGCCUCCGGACGCCCACACCUUCCCUUUUGUCCUGAAAGCUUGUGCACAGCUCCGUCAACUUUCUCUUGCGAAAACCAUUCAGUCUCAGUCCUUGAAGUUCGGGUUUGCGAUCGACGUGUUCGUCUGUAACAAUCUUAUUCAUUUGUAUUGUAUCUGUAGUUGUAUUGAUGAUGCGUACAAGGUGUUUGAUGAAAGUCCUGACAGAGACGUUGUUUCUUAUAAUGUUAUCCUUGAUGGGUUGGUGAAGGCAGGAGAAACCGGACGUGCUCGUCAAGUGUUUGAUGAAAUGCCUGUUAGGGAUGUGGCAACGUGGGGUACAAUGUUAGCUGGUUAUGCACAAUCGAAACAAUACGACGAGUGUUUGGAUCUAUAUGAUCAAAUGCUUGUUCUUAGGAUUCGACCCGACAACAUAGCAUUGGUUUCGGUUCUAUCGGCUUGUGGACGAGUAGGAAAACUAGAAAAAGGGACCGAAAUCCAUAAUCAUAUCAAACAAAGUAAAAUUCAAGUAGAUUCGUUCUUGUGUACAGCAUUAGUUGAUUUCUACUCCAAAUGUGGGUUCAUAGAGACAGCUAGAGAUAUAUUUGAAGCUACCCCUUAUAAAAAUCUGUUCACUUGGAAUGCAAUGCUUGUUGGGUUAGCAAUGCACGGCCAUGGUGAAACGUUACUAAGUUAUUUCUCCAAAAUGGUCAAGAACGGUGUUAAACCAGAUGGGGUGACCUUUCUUGGAGUCUUGGUAGGUUGCAGCCAUGCUGGUCUUAUCGAUGAAGCAAGAAGACUCUUUGGAGAGAUGGAGUCGGUCUAUGGGGUUCAUAGAGAGCUCAAGCAUUACGGGUCCAUGGCAGACUUGCUUAGCCGGGCUGGUUUGAUCAAAGAAGCCACAAACAUGAUUGAAACCAUGCCAAUGGCCGGUGAUGUUUUCGUUUGGGGAAGUUUGCUUGGAGGGUGUAGGCUUCAUGGGAAUGUUGAAGUUGCAGAGAAAGCUGCUGAGCAAAUUAUGGAGAUAAGUCCUGAAGAUGGUGGAGUUUAUUCAUCCAUGGCUGACAUUUAUGCAAAUGCAAAGCGUUGGGAUGAUUUAACCAAGAUAAGGAGAUUGAGGGAUUCCAGGAGGGUGAAGAAGAAUGCUGGAUGCAGUUUGAUUCAAUUAGAUGGUGUCACACAUGAGUUUGUAGCAGGUGAUGAUUUGCAUCCUCAAACUGAUGAGAUAUAUUUAGUUUUGAAUGGUAUUGGACAACACCAAUUUGAAAUGCAACUCUAGAGUCAUCUAUUCUAGCGGUAAAGGUUCGGUAUGGUCCAUAUGUGUGCUCGGGCACCGCCCCUCUGCCAAUGGGGAUGCAUACAUGAUUUUUAUCUUCUCGUAUAAUCGUGAAACAGGAGGUAGCGUUUGGUAUGUAGACAUGAUUGAAGUGGA